UCUCCAGCUUUCAUUGUAAGCAAAUGUGGAGAUAGAAAGAUAAUUGCGUGCAGUAUAUAUACCUAGAUUACACAAAUAUGUGGUCAUUUCUUUGGGAUCGGUUCGCCACAAUACUUGUUCUGCUGCCCUUGCUUUUCAUAACAGUGAUUGUUUCUACACUGUCUUUCUCCUCUCCGUUAACUCUGGAGAAAAAAUCUUCGGUUUUAAGUCUCACCGUUUCUGACCAACAGCCUUUAAAUUUACUUGGAGAGGUUGAAGAUUUCUCUUUCCCCAAACAACUCGAGGCACCCACUCCAGUUUACUCUCCUACUGAUGAUCAAAAUACAAGGGCAGAGAUUUUGCAUGCAGAUACCCUGUCUCUUAAUGAAAGUAAUGAUUCCAUAAUCAAAACAAAGAUUAUAAGGAAAUAUAGCAAGCUAGAGAUGGUGGAAGCCCGUUUAGUGCAAGCCCGGGAAGCCAUAAAAGAGGCAGCACGAAAUAGAGACUCAACAUCUAUACUUGAAGAUCCUGAUUAUGUACCUCAAGGCCCCAUCUACAGAAAUGCUCAUGCAUUUCAUAGGAGCUACUGGGAAAUGGAAAAAGUAUUUAAGAUAUAUGUAUACAAAGAAGGGGAGCGGCCAAUGUUCCACAACGGGCCGUGCAAAAGCAUAUAUUCUACCGAGGGAAGGUUGAUACACGAAAUUGAAAAGGGAAGGUUGUUCGUAACAGAGGAUCCGGAGGAGGCGCUUGUAUAUUUCUUGCCAUUUAGCGUGGUUAUGAUGGUUCAGUACCUAUACAUUCCAGGAGCCAAGGAAUACCAUGCCGUGGGAAACACGGUUGCCGAUUACAUAAACAUAAUUUCUCAGAAUCAUCCUUUCUGGAAUCGAAGUCUUGGCGCUGAUCAUUUCAUGCUUUCCUGCCAUGACUGGGGGCCUCACACAACUUCCUACGUGCCUAACUUGUUCAAUAGUUCCAUCAGGGUUCUAUGUAAUGCGAACAUUUCAGAAGGAUUUAAUCCAAAAAAAGACGUAUCACUGCCAGAGAUCCAUCUGAGGAGUGGUGAAAUCACCGGCCUUCUCGGCGGUCCCUCUCCUUCAAAGCGUCCGAUUCUUGCUUUCUUUGCUGGCCGCUUACACGGACACAUAAGGUACCUUCUUUUAGAGCAAUGGAAAGAUAAAGACCAUGACGUCCAGGUCUACGACAGUCUCCCAGAAGGAGUGUCGUAUGAAACAAUGCUGAAAACUAGUAGAUAUUGCUUGUGCCCAAGCGGAUAUGAAGUCGCCAGUCCCCGAGUCGUGGAGGCCAUAUAUUCGGAGUGCAUUCCUGUACUGAUCUCGGAUGGAUAUAUUCCCCCAUUGAGUGAUGUUCUUGACUGGAAAAAAUUCUCAGUUCAAGUGGAAGUCAAGGACAUUGGGAAUAUAAAAAAGAUACUGAUGAGUAUAUCUCAGAGUCAGUAUUUGAGAAUGCAUAGGAGAGUGAAGCAAGUCCAGAGGCAUUUUGUGGUGAAUCCAAGCCCAAGAAGAUUUGAUUUUUUUCAUAUGAUUGUUCAUUCCAUUUGGCUGCGAAGGUUGAAUGUUCAAAUUCAGGGUUGAUCAGAAAAU